AGAAUUAUUACCAGUUGUGUAGGCAGGUAAAUUUUGUCGCUUUGCUGAGUUAAAUUUAUUUUUCUUUAAUGGUUUUCAAGACGAAAAUGACAUUGUAAUACCUUGAAUAAUACCAAGAAAAUUCUGCUUCAACUUCAAAAUAAUAAAUGUGGUCAAUAAUGAAUUGCAAAAGAUAAUUUAAACUUCUGUAAUGAAUCUGUUAAUGUUUCUGAGAUCGAGAAAUGGACAGGCAGCAGACUAGUGCACUUCAAAACUUUGACGAUCCAAAAACAGAUAUAUUAAAAAAAAGAUUAUUAAAGACUUCUAACUCAAACGUUAGUGGUGUUUUUUCACAAAAUAGUUCGCAGAAUAAUGUACUGUUGAACACAUUGCGCGCGCCAAUCUCGAGCAGCAUGAUCGUGUCCUCAAUGCAGGCGCCGCAAAGCUCGAUGCCGAUCACUCAUAACUUAGUAACACAUUCAAUAGCUCCUGUGAAGAUUCAUCCAAAUAAUUCCCCAUAUCCUCUGCAGCUGUCCACGGUACAUGUGCCAGUGCAGAUACCUGGUUCUACUUCUAACAUAAAUGUGCCCGUUCAACUCUCAGCAGCUACAAACUCUAUGCCAUUACAAAUAACACCUGUCAGUCUUCCCUUACAAGUUUCUGGUACAACCAAUGUACCCGUCCAGUUACCAGCCGGAGAAACAAUAAAUGUUCCACUGCAGUUACCACCGGUUAGUCAAAAUAUACAGAUAGGUGGACAAGCAUUGCCUCCUAUGCCACUUUUACAAAACGCACACAGUUCAAUAUUCCAUGUUCACAUGGGUUCAAAUGCGAGACCCCCAAAUAUUGAUGUAAAUUCUGACAUGAGUGUGUCAAGUUCAACACAGCCUUAUCUUCCUGAUUCAACAAUUCAAGUCAAAAUGAACAACCAGACAUCAGUAGGUCAAGUUGUCUCAAAUUCUGGUAUGGUACAAAUACCAAAUACAUCCAACAGUUCAAUACAAUUAUCAUUACCAAAUGCUGGUAAUUCUGGAACAGUGCAGCUUCGAGGUGCACCAAGAAGUGUGCCACAUGUUGUGUAUAUACAGACACCUACUGGAUUGAAACCUGUCACUAACACGGAAGUUAUAAGCCAAGCCAGCACUAGUGGGAACCCACCACAGAUCAUAGUAAGGAGACCAGUUGCUAAUAAUUCAAACAUUCAUUUGAUAUCAAAUGUAAAUAAACCCACAAUUGCUCAAAUGCCCAAACCAAAGCCAUCAAUACUGGCACCAGCAAAUGCUUCUCAACCUAUUGUCAUCCAGAAACCAAAAGCAAGUGAUAAAAUGAUGGUCCCAGUGAGCAUAGCUCCCGUAACACAAGGCAAACAGGCCAUUGCAUAUUUGGGGCCCGUAAAGAAAAAUACUAAAAACAUAUCAGAAAAUCAAUCCAUCCUAAUAUCGAGCAAUCAACCAGCUCAAAACUCGAAUAAUCAAAAACUCUUCUUGACUCCGAUGAAUAUGCCCAAAAUGAAUAAUACAAAAUUUAUUUUACCAGUUACGUUACCAGCCACCAUGGCUUCAAAGGGUCCGAUUAUAAAUUUACAAAUAGCCAAUGGACAGAUACAAAAUGAUCCUCAAGGAAACAUUACGGUUAUGAGAGAUACUGCCCCUAUGGAUACAUCUGAUAUGCCACUGGUGACACCUUUAUCAAAUCUGGUAAAUGGUAAGGACAUUGCAGUUAAUCAGAGUAUACAAGAUAAAUCCUGUGCCAUAUCAAUACAGGGCUCACGAGCUGAGCCUACCGGUGAACAAGGUGAAUAUACUUUGUCCAUACCAGAAACAAAUGCCUCUAUGAAUGAUGAUAUUUAUACUGUAUCCAUAGAGGAUGAAGGCGGGCAAACACAUGAAAAAUCUUUUACUUUAGCAAUACCAGAGAAAAGUAAGAGUUUAUUAAACAAAAACAUCAUAGAUAGAGAUAUCGGACCUCCUGCUGUGGCAGCUCCCGCUAUUCUUCGACGCUCUUAUUCCGAUACUAGUGACAGAAAAGUGUCCAAUGCAAGUAUGAAAAGACGCAUAUCGCUGUGUAAUGAAAAUUAUACAAAGAAACUCACUAAGGAGACCUUUACACAAAUAAUAGAAAAAUCAGAAGUAACAGAUUCAGAGAACAAUGAUGAUCAUCGUGUGCCUUCUUUGUUCUGUGACGAAAAGCUAGACAAAGAACUAGAUAUCAAAAUAACCACUGAAGAUUCGGACUCUGAAGAUGAUAAAAAUAAAAUUAAAUUGAUCCCCGAGGUAAGCGUUAAUAUUACGUACGAAAGCUUAGAUGAAGAUAAUUCAAGGAAAGGACAAGAGAGUAGUGAACCCACUUCGGAGGAAGACCCUCCAGGUUUGAUAUGGAAUAAUGGUGUUGCUCACUUGCAGGGCAGCGGCCUACAGUUUCAAACUAAUGAGUUUGGCUUAAUUGAUUUGAUAUCUAGCAACGGUAAUGUUAAGGAAUCAUCUAAUAUUGGAGCUAAGUAUAAUUCCCCAAUAAAGCAGGACAACGGGAACACCGCCAGGGAAAAGAAGCCCACCUCUCCGGAGGAUCUGUACCGUUGCGAAGUGUGCGGGUGUCACGGCAUGGCGGCGGAGUUCAUCACACCAAAGUUCUGUAGCUUGACUUGCCAAGAGGAGAUGCGGAAGGUUACCCAGAAGAAGAGGGAUAAAGAAAGACUUGAGAAUGCAAAAAAGAGAAAUAAAAUAAAGAAGUUGCUAAUGAGAAAACAAGCGGAAUCUGAUUUGAUACAAGACAGUAAAGAUAAAGUUUCACCGGGAUACGAAUCAAUGCCGAGCGAUAUCCAAAUGUCGGAAGUUCCAUUGCUUCAAAUGACUGAAGAUUACGAAGAUGAGAAAUAUCCUUGGAUGUGCGGUAAAAAUGGAUUCUCAUGGAUGCGUUAUUUAGAUAUAUGUAAGGCGAAAGCUGCGCCUGUGAAAUUAUUCAAAGACCCGUUCCCAUACAACCGGAAUGGAUUCAAAGUUGGGAUGCGUUUGGAGGCAAUAGAUCCUCAGCACCCGUCGCUGUUUUGUGUGGUGUCGGUGGCUGAGGUGCAAGGCUACAGGAUGCGUUUACAUUUCGACGAGUACCCUGACGUGUACGACUUCUGGGUGAAUGCAGACUCAAUAAACAUAUUUCCCCCGGGCUGGUGUGAGAAGAACGGACGAGCCUUGAAGCCUCCUGCCAGCUACACAUCCUCGUCUUUCUUUUGGCCUUUAUAUCUGAAGAAAUUGAGGGCUGUCGGCGCACCAAAACAUCUGUUUCCACAUGUGACUACAACGAUGGUGAAGCCGAACGGUUUCCGUAUCGGUAUGAAGCUGGAGGCGGAGGACGUGCAGAACGAGAUGGUGUGCGUUGCGAGCGUGGCCGACAUGCUGGACAACCGGCUGCUGGUCAGCUUCGACAGCUGGGACCACGUGUAUGAUUACUGGGCCGAUCCAACCUCGCCAUACAUCCACCCCGUGGGCUGGGCUGAGGACCACGGGUACACCCUCACGCCGCCCAAUGACUACAAGGAGGCGGAGACGUUCAGCUGGGAGGCGUACCUGGCGGAGACGGGCGCCGCGGCCGCGCCCCCCCGCGCGUUCCGCCCCCGACCCCCGCAGGGCUUCAAGCCCGCCAUGAAGCUCGAGGUGGUCGACCCUAGGGUGCCAUUCCUGAUCCGCGUGGCGAGCAUCAGCGAGGUGAAGGGGCACCAGGUCCGCGUCACAUUCGACGGCUGGCCCGACACUCUCUCCUGCUGGCUUAGCGACGAUUCGCCCGACAUGCAUCCCGUCGGCUGGUGCCUCAAGACCGGGCACCCCCUCGAGCCGCCUCUAACGGAGGAGGAGCGCAGCGUGAGCGGUCCGUGCGGCGUGGGCGGGUGUCGCGGGCUGGGCUCCGUGCGGGGCGGCGCUCACAAGCAGCACGCCGCCGCCUCCGCCUGCCCCUACAGGCCGCGCGCGCCGCUAGACCCGCCCGACAGGCUCGCGCCCCGAGCCAACAACAAGUCCAACAAGGUACAAGUGCAGAACAACACACCCACCAACGACGCGCCCAAAGAAAAGUUGCCUCGCGGUCGACCACCGAAGCAUAAACGCGUUGAAGUUAUGAAAAAUGAGCAUUGUUCGGACGAGGAGUCGUCAUCUAGCGCGGCGGGGUGCGGCGGCGCCGGCGGCGGCAAGCGGUGGCGGGGCGGCGGCAGUGCGGGCGGAGGGAGGGACGUGUCAUGGCCGCAGCCCCCGCGUGCGCUGCUCGCUGCACACAUCUCCGAGCUAGCACUCUCACACGACCCCGUGUCCUGGUCCCAGAGCGAGGUGGAGGCGCUGGUGAGCCGCGUGGCGGGGCGAAGCGCGGGCGCGGCGGCGGCGGGCGCGCGGCUGUCGGGCGCCGAGCUGCUGAUGGCGUCGUGCGAGGAGCUGGUGGCGUGCCUGCGCCUGCGCCUCGGCCCCGCUGUCAAGGUGUACGCGGCCGUGCGCCAGCUGCGCGACUCGCUCACCUGACCCUCGGUCGCCUGCCACGCCAUUACAGUCUUUAUGUAAACUACAUACGGACCUGUAUGGCACAAAACGUAGACUAAGAUGGACUGUUCAAUUACCUAAAGAAUUCGGCGUGAAAUAAAAUGAAGUUGACCGUUCACCCACCGAAUGCGUUGCCACAUUUUUUUGUUAUUUAAAACCGAUUUGUGAUGAUUUAAGUGUAUACUCACAAACUUUGGUUAUGAAGAAGAAUACCGGUUUAGUUUUACUUUUAAAAGUUUUUACUGAUAUUUUUAUUAGAUAGUGGUGAAGGUGCAAGUUGGAACACUUUAUUGUUUUGAAUGUUACAAACUGUUUCCGUGACUGUUCAGUGUACAUUGGUAUUAUUUUUGAACUGUUGCAUCGAACUUUUAGCAAUUUGACAAUGAAAUUUAUUGUGACAGUGAAGUAGUGAAGUGUAUUUAAGAUUCGCCAUCAUGAAUUAUUUAUAAGUUGUACAAGUGUACACCGUUGAAUGUUAAAC